UGCUUCUAAUUCAAUACGAAAUGAUGAUAAACUGGUUAAGAAGAACCAUGUUCUUGCGAAGUCUUUCUCUUCUGUACUUCUUCCUACACAGAAUUUCCCCACUCUAAAAGAGGGUGGGAAAAGCCAAACACCAAUGACAGGUUCUGAUUCUGGUGGAAAAUAUUGUGCCACUACUGCUCAGGAUGAUGCUGAUUUGGCCAUCAAAAAGCUCAAAGGGCAGCAUCAUUGGGCUGAUGAUAGCUUGAUAGAGGAUAUCUUAGCCGCGGUUAGUAAUGAUGUUGAUAAGGCUGCAACUUUAUUGGAAACAAUGGCUUCUGCAGUUAACAUUGAAGAAUGCAAAGUAUCAAGUGAUCCUGGAGCAGCUAAUUCAUAUUAUGUUCCCUGCAAGGAGAAGAUUGAUGAGAGUCUAAUGUUUGGAAAGGGGACAGAUGAUAUUCCAAUCAAUUCAAGCGUUGGUCAUCUCAAAGAUAAUGGUACAGACUUUGCAGAUAGAAAUGCUUCCUCGGAUGAAAAGCUUUAUGAUGAUAAUGUUAGAUGCCAACUGGUCCCCUUGAAUUAUGUUCCUGUUGAGCCUGAAUGGGAAGAGGAUGAUGUCUACCUUAGCCAUCGAAAGGAUGCAUUAAAGACGAUGAGGCUGGCAUCUCGACAUUCUAGGGCAGCUGCUAAUGCUUUUUUGAGAGGUGAUCAUUUUUCUGCUCAGCAACAUUCAAUGAAGGCCCGAGAGGAAUGGCAUACAGCUGAAGAGCUUAAUUCUACGGCAGCCACAAAAAUUCUAAAUAUCAGAAAUAGUGAAAACGAUAUCUCCAGACUGGAUUUACAUGGUCUACAUGCAGCAGAGGCUAUUCGAGCUUUGCAAGAACAUUUAUUAAAAAUUGAAAGCCAAGGCUUCUCAACAAAGACUUCAGCCAGUUCAAAUGGUGUUAAGGUCAAUAAUGGGCUUACACAUUCAACUCUUGGAUCUCUUAAUUCUGUGGACAGUGAAAAUUCAGAUAAACAAGCACCAAUAAGGCUUAAAUCAGUAGCUUUACAUGUCAUUACAGAUACCGGUUUGAGGAGAUGAGACCAGGAGUAAUCACUGUGUGGCCAAAGUUUCGGCAAAGUUGAGUGCUGAACCCCAUUUGAAACAUGUUCGUACCAUUGAUUGCUGUUCUGUUAUGACGAUCAUAUAUGUGGAUAUUUUCUGCUAUCCUAUCAUUUAUUUCUCAAUUCAGAUGGUUACUAUGUGGGAGUUCAGGAUAUAACAUUCCAUUCACCAUUUGCUGUAAAUACCACUUCAUCUGUAACCUGUUCUGGAGCAUGUUUGGCAAUAAAUUACUUUAGAGAAAUUAGUGUUUCAUAAAA